AUGGGGGCCGACGGGGAAACUGUGGUCCUGAAGAACAUGCUCCUUGGCGUCAACCUGAUUCUUCUGGGCUCCAUGCUCAAGCCCACAGAGUGUCAGCUGGAGGUCCCCACGGAGAGGGGCCAGAGACCGGCGGUGGAGGAGGAGGGAGGCAUUGCCAGCUACAACACAUCCGACAAAGAGCCGCCCGUGGUCUUCAACCACGUGUACAACAUCAACGUGCCCCUGGACAGCCUCUGCUCCUCGGGGCUGGAGGCCUCGGCCGAGCAGGAGGUGAGUGCGGAAGACGAGGCACCGGCCGAGUAUCUGGGCCAGACCUCCGACCCGGAGAGCCAGGUCACCGUCACCCACAGGAUCAACCUCCCCAAAAAGGCCUGCCCAUGCGCCACCGGCUCGGCCCAGGUGCUGCGGGAGCUGCUGAGCCGCAUCGAGAUGCUGGAGAGGGAGGUGUCGGUGCUUCGGGACCAGUGCGGCAGCAGCUGCUGCCAAGAAAGUGCAGCCACAGGACAACUGGACUACCUCCCUCACUGCAGUGGCCACGGCAACUUUAGCCUCGAGUCCUGUGGCUGCAUCUGCAAUGAAGGCUGGUUUGGCAAGAACUGCUCAGAGCCCUCCUGCCCCCUGGGCUGCUCCAGCCGGGGCGUGUGCGUGGAUGGCCAGUGCAUUUGUGACAGCGAAUACAGCGGUGAGGACUGCUCCGAACUCCGGUGCCGCACUGACUGCAGCUCCCGGGGGCUCUGUGUGGACGGGGAGUGUGUCUGUGAGGAGCCCUACACUGGCGAGGACUGCAGCGAGCUGAGGUGCCCCGGGGACUGCUCCGGGAAGGGGAACUGUGCCAACGGGACCUGUGUGUGCCAGGAGGGCUAUGUGGGCGAGGACUGUGGCCAGCGGCACUGUCUGAACGCCUGCAGCGGGCGAGGACACUGCCAGGAGGGACUCUGCUUCUGCGAAGAGGGCUACCAGGGCCCCGACUGCUCGGCAGCUGCCCCUCCAGAGGACUUGCGAGUGGCUGGUAUCAGCGACAGGUCCAUUGAGCUGGAAUGGGACGGGCCGAUGGCAGUGACGGAAUAUGUGAUCUCUUACCAGCCGACGGCCCUGGGGGGCCUCCAGCUCCAGCAGCGGGUGCCUGGAGAUUGGCGUGGUGUCACCAUCACAGAGCUGGAGCCAGGUCUCACCUACAACAUCAGCGUCUAUGCUGUCAUUAGCAACAUCCUCAGCCUUCCCAUCACUGCCAAGGUGGCCACCCAUCUCUCCACUCCUCAAGGGCUGCAGUUCAAGACCAUCACAGAGACCACCGUGGAGGUGCAGUGGGAGCCCUUCUCCUUCUCCUUCGACGGGUGGGAGAUCAGCUUUAUUCCAAAGAACAAUGAAGGAGGGGUCAUUGCCCAGCUCCCCAGCGAUGUCACAUCCUUCAACCAGACUGGACUAAAGCCUGGGGAGGAGUACAUUGUCAACGUGGUGGCCCUGAAGGAGCAAGCCCGGAGCCUCCCCACCUCGGCCAGCGUGGCCACCGUCAUUGACGGGCCCACGCAGAUCCUGGUGCGAGAUGUCUCCGACACCGUGGCCUUCGUGGAGUGGACUCCCCCUCGAGCCAAAGUCGAUUUCAUCCUCCUGAAGUACGGCCUGGUGGGCGGGGAAGGCGGGAAGACCACCUUCCGGCUGCAGCCUCCCCUGAGCCAGUACUCAGUGCAGGCCCUGCGGCCCGGCUCCCGCUACCAGGUGAGCGUCAGUGCCGUCCGUGGGACCAAUGAGAGCGAGGCCUCCACCACCCAGUUCACGACAGAGAUUGACGCCCCCAAAAACCUGCGGGUUGGCUCCCGCACAGCCACCAGCCUGGACCUCGAGUGGGACAACAGUGAGGCGGAGGUUCGGAAGUACAAGGUUGUGUACAGCACCCUGGCAGGCGAGCAGUACCACGAGCUGCUGGUCCCCAAGAGCGUUGGGCCAACCAGCAGAGCCACCCUCACCGAUCUGAUACCCGGCACUGAGUACGGAUUUGGAAUAUCUGCUGUCAUGGACUCACAGCAAAGCAUACCAGCCACCAUGAACGCAAGGACAGAACUUGACAGUCCAAGAGACCUUAUGGUGACAGCCUCCUCUGAGACCUCCAUCUCCCUCAUCUGGACCAAGGCCAGUGGCCCUAUUGACCACUACCGAAUUACCUUUACCCCAUCCUCUGGGAUCGCCUCAGAAGUCACUGUGCCCAAGGACAGGACCUGGUACACACUGACUGAUCUAGAGCCUGGGGCAGAGUACAUCAUUUCCAUCACCGCUGAGAGGGGUCGGCAGCAGAGCUUGGAGUCCACCGUGGAUGCCUUCACAGGCUUCCGCCCCAUCUCGCAUUUGCACUUUUCUCACGUGACCUCCUCCAGCGUAAACAUCACCUGGAGUGACCCAUCCCCUCCAGCAGACAGACUCAUCCUGAACUACAGCCCCCGGGAUGAAGAGGAAGAGAUGACAGAGGUCUCCCUGGAUGCCACCAAGAGGCACGCUGUCCUGAUGGGCCUGCAGCCGGCCACUGAGUACAUUGUGAACCUGGUGGCCGUCCAUGGCACGGUGACCUCUGAGCCCAUCGUGGGCUCCAUCACCACAGGAAUUGAUCCCCCCAAAGACAUCACAAUUAGCAAUGUGACCAAGGACUCAGUUGUGGUCUCCUGGAGCCCUCCUGUCGCAUCUUUUGAUUACUACCGAGUAUCAUACCGGCCAACCCAAGUGGGGCGGCUGGACAGCUCAGUGGUGCCCAACACUGUGACAGAAUUCACCAUCACCAAGUUGUAUCCAGCUACCGAAUACGAAAUCAGCCUUAACAGCGUGCGGGGCAGAGAGGAGAGUGAGCGUGUCUGCACUCUCAUGCACACAGCCAUGGACAACCCGGUGGAUCUGAUUGCUACCAACAUCACUCCGACGGGAGCCCUGCUGCAGUGGAAGGCGCCUGUGGGCGAAGUGGAGAGCUACGUCAUUGUCCUCACACGCUUCUCAGUUGCUGGAGAGACCAUCCUGGUUGAUGGAGACAGUGAGGAGUUCCUGCUCACUGACCUGCUCCCUCGCACCCACUACACUAUCAGCAUGCAUGCCACCAGCGGGCCUCUCACCAGUGGCACCAUCAGCACCAACUUCUCCACACUACUGGACCCUCCUGCAAACCUGACUGCCAGUGAGGUCACCAGACAGAGUGCCCUGAUCUCCUGGCAGCCUCCCAGAGCCGAGGUCGAGAAGUACGUCCUGACCUACAAAUCCACUGACGGAAGCCGCAAGGAGCUGAUCGUGGAUGCAGAGGACACGUGGAUCCGGUUGGAGGGCCUGUCUGAGAGCACAGACUACACCGUGCUCCUGCAGGCAGCCCAGGAUGCUGAGAGGAGCAGCCUCACCUCCACCGCCUUCACCACAGGGGGCCGGGUGUUCCCUCACCCUCAAGACUGUGCCCAGCACCUGAUGAAUGGCGACACGCUGAGUGGGGUCUACACCAUCUUCCUCCACGGAGAGCCCGGCCAGAAGCUCCAGGUGUACUGCGACAUGACCACGGACGGGGGUGGCUGGAUUGUGUUCCAGAGGCGGCAAAAUGGCCAGACUGACUUUUUCCGGAAGUGGGCGGAGUACCGCGCUGGCUUCGGGAACCUGGAGGAUGAGUUUUGGCUGGGGCUGGACAACAUACACAGGAUCACGUCCCAGGGCCGCUACGAGCUGCGCGUGGACAUGCGCGACGGCCAGGAGGCCGCCUUCGCCCACUAUGACAAGUUCUCGGUCGAGGACAGCAGGAACCUGUACAAGCUCCGCGUAGGCGGCUACAAUGGCACUGCAGGGGACUCCCUCAGCUACCACCAGGGACGCCCUUUCUCCACUGCGGACAGAGACAACGACAUCGCCGUGACCAACUGCGCCCUGUCGUACAAGGGGGCAUGGUGGUAUAAGAACUGCCACCGGACCAACCUCAACGGGAAGUACGGGGAGUCCAGGCACAGCCAGGGCAUCAACUGGUACCACUGGAAAGGCCACGAGUUCUCCAUCCCCUUCGUGGAAAUGAAGACGCGCCCCUACAACCACCGGCCCCUGGCGGGGAGGAAGCGGCGGUCCUUGCACUUCUGA